AUGAACAUUAUUAAACUUGUAGCUCAGAUUAUUGCACCGUUUGUUACCGUUAUGAACGUCACAACUCCAAACCACCAGCAAGGACUCACUUCAGACAACAUCAAGGACUUAUCCCACCCGCAACAUCUAUCCGCCAGCCAGAUAGGCAUAGCUUCGACACUAGCAGAUACCAACUCACCCCUUCUGCAAGCCAAUCCACUCAGCAGCGAGACUCCGCUCCCCGCCCAGCCAGCGCUUCUAUCUUCUGCUUCAGAACAGGCAGUCCUUAGUAUCAAUCGCUACAUCGCUCAGCAUUUGCAAACCAAGCAACAGGACAUUCUCAAAACACAAAAGGCCGUUGCCGCUCUUUCAAACCAACUUCACAACUUUAUUGCUCAAUAUAUAACCCAAACCCAAGUGCUAGACAACAGCCUUUUUUCUCCAAUAGAAAACUACCUCACCGAAUAUCUAGAGACUGUCAUCAGCCCAUGGGCCAGCGAACAAACCAAAAAAUACAACCAGGCUUUAGAAACCGCAGCCGCAAUAGAAACCCAGCAAACAAUUAGUACUUUGGCAACCCUUCUUUCCCACACCAACUCUUUCACUUCAAGCCAGCAGACCCAAUUGUCAUCUAUUCUCCUCAAGAUUGCGACCGUCUUACAAAACAUCCACACCUUCAACCUCGCCCAACCAACUCUCUUCUACAAUCCCUUCCCAGACCCUCAUUCCGCCACGGCCCAGUCCGUUCUGAGUCGCACGACCCAGCUGCGCAGUCUUGAUCUCUCCUCCGAUCUACUUAAGAACCACGGCCAGGGACUUAUCUACAUCCUUGCCACCAAGCAAAUUACUACACUAACCACCCUCUAUUACAAUACCCUCAACAGACAUAUUGCCCGGAUCAAGAAACCAGCUCUGGACACGAUCAACCAAAUCCACUCCCUUCGUGACCACCAAGACCCAAAGGCUAACUCAAUAAUCAAAGAACAGUUACUUCAAAUAGCUCACGGCCUUGUCCAGGAAGAACAAAAUCUACAGCUCACCAACAAAAAGCUCAUCCAAUACAUCGCAGCCUUCAACUCAAACGACAUUCUUGCCACCAGUCUUUCCAGCCACCCCAGAUCCGCCCGCCAACCCCGUGCAGCUGAUCCCCCUUCCAACCCCUCUGCUUCUUCAACGAUCACAAGUAACAUCAAUAAACUUCUCCAGGAGAUUCUAAAGAUUGAAUCACCUGAGGAAAGGUCCAAACACUUCAUGCUCUUGCAGACUCUUAUCAGGGAUAGUAAUCAAGCCCUCAAACAAAAGGCCACCCUCACGUGCAAUAAUACAUCGCCGACCUCAGCCCCCAAAACCGCUAUACCCCAAGACCGCAACAACUUUUCACCCUAUGUCUACAACACUACCAUUGGCUACAUCAAGCAGCUCCUCACCAACCACCAAGAACAGCACAAAAAGCUCGUUGAACAGAAUGUGCAACUCCAGGCCAUCCAAAGAAACCUUAACAGCACUAUUGAGAGCACAAAAGAUGAUGUCCAGAUUCACCAAACUCUACUCCAGCAGAAGAAGGCCAUUAACAAGCAGAAAGCCAUUCAAAACGAACACACCCAGCACACCGCAGAUCUACAUGCCCAUGCUGCUCAGGCUCAAAACGACAUAACCCAGCAAACGGCCCAACUUCAAGAUGCAGACAAACAGAACAAAGAGCUAAACUCUGUUACUGCAAAAGCUAUUGCCGAUUUACACAAAGCCAAUGAUGAGCUGAAAAGCCUUACUGCUAACCUCACCAAUGUUCAAGACCAGAUUAAAGCCAACAACAACGAGCAAAUAGCCAUUCAGCAGGACUUGCUAACCCUAAACUCAACAUUAAAAAGGCAGGUAGACGAUCUCAACGCUCUCCACAACACCUACCAUCUUCUUAACGCCACCAUCGAAGGUUAUCUGCCCGUCCUCAACAGCACUGCUGCUUCUCCUUUGGUGCUCACCACAAUUCUCCACGAUUACUCAGCUAACCCCAGCCAGUUAUCCAAGCAAUUCCAAAACUUCAUCCAAAACCCGCAAAGCAACCUAAAUCCAACAGUCGAUGAAUUGUACCAACUCUACAACAACUACCUCGAAGCCGCCAAGAACAACGACCAAACCAAACAAGAUCUAGAUAAAGAAACCACCAAGUUCCAUAACUGCUCUGCCGCCGCCGACGAAAUCGCCGCCCAAGUAAAGCACCAAACCGACCUCAAUGCUCAAGCUGCCAAGGAAUACCAAAACAUCGACACCGUCACCACCAAACAAAUCUGCCAGCAAGCCGAAGAAGAUGAAGCAGCUCUAGGACAGCAAGCCGACUCCCAAAUCCACGACAUUACCCAACAAACCGACAUCAUCAACAAUGCGGUUGACUCUAUACGCGACAACCUUCAAAAUACAUACUCUGCGAUCAGCACUAAGUACAAACGCCAACAACUCAAUGCCACUGACUUUGCACUAGACAUGCCCAGCUUUUCGCAUCCCAGCCCCACCACGCUGCAAGAUCCUCAAGCCGCCCAGGCCUUUUUCCAAGCUAAUCUUUCUCCCAACAAAACACCCAUCCAGAGCCGUAAUGACACCGUACCAAACCUUGCCAACGUGGUACCCAACCUAGCCGCCAAUAUUCAUCGUGUCCUGGCAGAAGCCACAAACCAGACAAACCGGCUAACAAUUCUCCAAAAGAAGGUCGACGCCAAAGUUCUUGAGUAUAACAGCGAUACUGCCAAAUGCAAAGCUUACGCCCAAGAGGUAGCGCAAGGCAAUAGUCAACCAGGCCCGCCCGGCAAUAUCACCAAAAUCUUCGUAGGAUCGCAAUACACAGGCGAGGACUCUAAUACGAACGACGACUUCAUAUCCCGCCAGAAGUUUGACGAGACCCACUAG